AUGGACGAGCACGACGGGAAGCCGAAGCGGAAGGCGUCGGCCAAGGCCAAGGCGCCGGCGCCGAAGAGAGCCAAGAUAAAGAACCCGCUGCCGGUCCAGGUCUCGGAGAGCCCGCCGCUGCCGAUUGACACCGACCUCUCGGGCCAAAAGUGCUCGUACCACGAGUGCGCGAACCGCGCCAAGGUCGUCCAGAGCUUUGGCAUUUUCUGCAAUCGCCACGCAGUCGUGUUUCCGUGCGGCUUUCCCGGCUGCCGUGAGAAGGCGCCGACCAACGGCACGCGCUGCGCCAAGCACGAGCACCACAAGCUCGGCCUCGACGAAGCGCUCUCGGCGCGCUCGCAGAGCAUUCCGGUAUGCCGCACGACCGGCUGCUUUAAGAACGACCAAGGACGAGGCUACUGCCGCGGGCACGAGAAACUCAUGAUGGCGACGGGCCAGCUCCCGCACGCGAUCAAUAAGCGCCGCCUCAACAGUGCGUACACCAUGUGCUGCUACCCACACUGCAACAAGCACUCGCAGCGCAACCACUUGUGCCGCAUCCACGGCAACGAGCUCAUCAAGCAAGCCCAAGCCUUUGCGCAGCAAUCGACAACCGAGUCGUUCGACGCCGUCUUGCAGCGUCUCCAGCGCGAGCUGCGCCGCUGCACACACCCCGGCUGCGAAAAGAACGCGCAGCGCGACCGCCUCUGCACAACACACUUCCACAUGAAGGACACGGCCGAGAAAGGGCUGCCCAAGACCGACUUGGACAACUUGACGGCCAAGGACAAGGUGCUCAAGUUUUGCUCGGACGACAAGUGCACGCAGCCCGUGUACUGCAAUUGGCUCUGCAAGCAGCACUACGAACAGAAAGAGAAGAAGGGCAAGCACGCCCACAACAACAGCAACAGUAGCAAUGCGCAGCAGAAACAACCCGCGCCCAAGAAGAAGCCGACGCCGGCCAAGAAGCCCGCGCUGAACGACGACCUUUUCACGCUCACACCGCCGCUGACGGCCCAAGCCGCGUCGAUGGUCGAGCUCUUGUACCCACCCAACAGCACGGCCGCCAACCCGAGCCAUACUGCGAGCCACAACAACAACAACAACAACAACCACAGCAACCACAGUGGUGCGAGUGGGAUGAAGGACACGCCCGUCGAGAUGGCACAGCUGCACUUGGACGAGCCGACGUCGUAUGGCCACAAGAAGGACAUCGAGUACCGGCACGACGCGCACAAGCCACCCACGCACAGCACGUCCAUGAGCUUCCAACAGCACAACUCGUUUGCGCGACCCACGUACGCGCCGCGCUACGCCAUGGGCUACGACUACCUGCCUGGUCCGCACGCCACCAACGAGAACCAGAGUUUCAACGUCCAAGAGUACGGCCGGCACUACCCGACGCUGCUGCCACCCUCGACGCGCCUCUGCGCGAGCGCGGGCUGCAACCGCGACGUCACGUCGAGCGGCAAGAGCAUGUGUGACGUCUGCCUCAGCGUGCUGACGCAAGUGCAUGCGUUCUCGCCGACGAUCCAUCCGUUCGGGACGCACACGCCGUCGUACGAGCCGAGCAGCCACAAGCCGAGCUCGACGAGCUACGCGUCGUGGCCGCAAACCCCCUACUUUUACGCCGCCAUGGACAGCAACAAGAACAACGACUACUACACCAAGCCCAAGGCGGCGUGUCGCUUCCGCGGCUGCCAGCACACCACCAAGCUCGACGCCGCCGUCUGCGCCGAACACGCGCAGGCGACAUUUUGUACGGCGGCCGCGUGCGAAGAGGUGCUAUCGUCACCGGGUCUCUGCGGGCUCCACGCCAUGGACAACCAGUGCUGCUACGAAAACUGCGCGCAGAGCCGCCUCUCGCAGGUCGCGUGCGUUGAGCACGAAAUGGCCGCGCAGUGCACGCACCACCAGUGCGCCAAGUUUGCGGCCAAAGGCCACAGCGUCUGCUCGAUGCACCUCAAGAGCGUCGUCGGCAGCUGCAAGCUCUGCCUCCUCUACGACGUUCCGUGCGCAUUGGCGACCGGCAACGAGAACGUCGCGAUGCUGCACCACAACCACGCUUCUCUGCACAGCAACCCGCACGCGUCCGGUCACAAACUGUCUUUCUAGUCGUGUUUUCCAUGAAGAAUAAUCUCGAG